AUGGCUGAUGGAGUGCUAAUACUUCGGCGUAAUCGUCCUGGUUCUAAAGCAAAGGAUUUUUGUCGCUGGCCCGACGAACCUUUUGAAGAAAUGGAUAGUACUUUGGCAGUUCAACAAUUUAUUCAACAAACUAUAAGACGGGAUCCUGCAAACUUAGAAGCCAUUCUUAAAAUGCCAGAAGCACAAGAUGAUGGUGUGUGGAAAUAUGAACAUUUAAGACAAUUUUGUAUGGAACUAAAUGGCUUAGCUGUAAGACUACAGAGUGAAUGUAAGCCUGAAACUUGUACUCAAAUGACAGCUACUGAACAAUGGAUAUUUUUAUGUGCAGCACACAAGACUCCAAAAGAAUGUCCUGCUAUUGAUUAUACAAGGCAUACACUUGAUGGUGCUGCUUGUUUACUAAACAGCAAUAAGUACUUUCCUAGCAGGGUGAGCAUAAAAGAAUCUUCAGUGGCAAAAUUAGGAUCAGUGUGCAGAAGAGUGUAUAGAAUAUUUUCUCAUGCAUAUUUUCAUCAUCGUGCAAUUUUCGAUGCUUUUGAAAAAGAAACCCACUUGUGUAAGAGAUUUACAUAUUUUGUCACCAAAUAUUCAAUAAUUUCCAAGGAAAUUCUCAUUCUACCUAAGCUCGAUGACGAAACACCUAUAACACAGACAGUAGGAGAAUCAGAAGCU